AUGGCUUCCGCAAGAGCAAACUCUAUGUUUAAUGAUGGAGGUAGUAGCAACAAGUCACCUCUAUUAUCUGGAGAAUAUUUCGACUUAUGGAAAAUCCGCAUGAAACCACAUUUAGAAGCACAAGGAGAUGGUAUCUGGGAAAUCGUAGAAAAUGGUCCGCAUAAUCCAACAAGUAUGGUCAAUGGUGUUGGCACCCCAAAGAUUAAAAGCUCAUAUGAUGAAGACGAUAAGAAGAGAAUACUUAAUGAUAAGAAAGCCAUCAAUAUUCUUCAAAGUGCAUUAAGUAUGGACGAGUUCUUCCGUAAAUCUCAAUGCAAAUCUGCAAAAGAAAUAUGGGAUACUUUGGUGGAGACUCACGAAGGAACCGUUGAAGUUAAAAGAUCCAGAUUAAACACAUUGAGUCAAGAAUACGAAAUGUUCAUAAUGCAGCCCGGAGAAUCCAUUGUUGCUUUGCAGAAAAGAUUUGUUCACUUAACGAAUCAUUUAAUUGCUCUUGGGAAGACCUUCACAAAUGAUGAUCUUAACCUUAAAGUGCUAAGAUCCUUGACGAGGGAAUGGCAACCUAAAUUUACGGCUUCAUCUGAGAAGAAAAGUCUUUCUACAAUGAAGAAAAGGGAGGCUUUCACUUCCACACAAGAAGUCACAUGUUAUGAAUGUGGAAAGCAAGGUCAUAUAAAGCCAGAUUGUCUGAGACUCUCAAAGAAAGGAGGAUUUAAAGGCAAGAAGGAUUUCAAGAACAAAAAGGCGUAUGUUGCAUGGGAAGAUAAUGAGAUAAGUUCUUCAUCCGAAUCGGAGAGCGACGAAUGUGCAAAUUUAGCAUUAAUGGCUUCACACCACUCCGACGAUGAAGAAGAUGAGGUUAGUAGCAACUUUUCUCUUUUCGAUAGUGAUGCACAAGGUGAUAUAAAUGAACUUCUUGUGGAAUGCAAAAUUCUGUAUAAAACUAUAUCAUCUCAAAAGAAAACAAUUUUAUCUUUAGAAGAAAAAACCGUGACAAUUGAAAAAGAUGUCAACGAUGAAAAACAAAAGAUGAUUAGUGAAAAACAAAAUUUUGUAUGUAAAAACUGUAAGUUCGACGAGAAGUCCGACGAAGGUAUAUUUCUUGGAUAUUCUCUUACUAGUAAAGCUUAUAGAAUAUAUAAUAAAACAACUUUAAAAAUUGAAGAAUAUAUGCAUGUUACUUUCUAUGAAUCUAACCCCUCCAAGGACGAUAUUGUUUUGUGUGAUGAUGAUGAUGAUAUUGUAGAAGUUCCUCAAAAAGAUGCUUCAAGUGGAAACAAUGAUGAUCAGCGAAAACAUCAAGAUGAGCAAGAUCAACAAAAGACAAAUGAUAAUGAUCUGCCUAAAGAAUAG